ACAACUUUUGGCUUUCAGUCGAGCGACACCAACACCGAACGCGCAAGCAGGCUCAACUCUUGUUAACAAUUUUGUGUGUUGUAAGUGAAAGUGGCAGCAAAAAGUACACAUUUAAAAAUAUAACAAAGGGUGUCCUUAAUUUAUGUUAACAACAUAAACUAGUGCAAAUCACAUAUUUAUACUCAUUACAAAAAUCUACGCACAAAUUGUUAAUAUGAAAUCCACAAUUUCGCUGCUGGUUGUCAUCUGCACCGUUGUGUUGGCCGCCCAACAGAGCCAGGCCAAAAAGGGCUGCCAGGCUUAUGGACACGUCUGUUACGGCGGACAUGGGAAACGCUCCUUGGACGCUGGUAACGGAGUAGGUGCUGGCAAUGCGGCUGCGGCCAAUGCCGCCGGCCUUGACCAGGAGUUUGUACGUCCAAACGGCCUCUUACCGAUGUUGUUACCCAACGAACAGGCCGUUGUGCCCGACCAGGGAUUCGAUGAGUAUCCGUCGCGUCAGGUACUCUACAAAAUAAUGAAAUCGUGGUUUAAUCGUCCGCAUCAACCCUCCCCUCGUCUGAGUGAUUUGGAUUACCCGCUCUCGAGUUCCGGUGAAACUUUCAAUCGCGAUGGCACUCUGAAUGCUCUCAAUUAAGUGCGUAAUCUAACACGGAGCAUCAACUAAAGCAACAACAAUUUGAACCAAAACGAAACACUUUCUUCAGCAUCAUCAACAACAACCACAACAAGAACACUAAAAAGCACAUUAUCAAUUUCUAAAUGAAUGUUAAUUAAAUUGUUUCAUAGGUGUCUACAAAUAGAGCAACAAAUUUUUGCUAUUUGCAUAAUCUGCGAAUGUUUAAUAACAAAAACUAAACUGAAGUUUUUAAGGGCUGGUAAAAAUUUCAGUGUAAAAAAAAAACUGACAAAAUAUUUUCAAUAAAAUAAAAUGAAAAUGCAAUGGCAUUGUGUUAUUUUGAUUGAUUUUAUUCAAAAUGUUAACCUAUAUAUGAGUUUUGUGUGAAACAACUGCAAAAGACUAUAUACAUACAUACAUACAUACAUAUGCAAAAUUACUUGUACCUAUUUAAUUUCAAAAUACCCUAGAAAAAGUCUAAUUAUUCUAAAUAUAUCAUUAAUUUUAAAUGCAAC